AUGGGGGCUCCACCUGCUUCUUCGAAGAAAAAGUGCGAGAAGCGUAAGCAUGCUGACUCUGAUAAAUCAGCAAAGAAAGCCAGGAAGGAGAAGCCUCCGAAACCGACACAGAAGUCAAGGGACACGGAGCGCCCUCGGCACCGUGAUUCGGGUUCGACAGCCCUCUUGCUUAUCCAUAGCCCUUUUGACACUGAGAACCUCAUUUUCUCUCCUGGAUCCACCACCAAGUUUUCUGUGGGGAGCAGAAAAAACUCCAUAUACAGCUGGACUCCACCAAACACUCCCAGCUUCCGAGAAAAAUAUUAUCUUUCUGCCUUGAAACAAAGAAGAAGACAAGCAGGUAUCCAGGAUGAGGCCAAGGAUCCCUGCAUUUUGAGCUACCUGGCUGACUGUGAUUUUAACAUGAGUCUGAGUCUGAGGAGUGCAAGCCAGAGCCUUAUCAAGUCAUCAGAAGGCAGCUUGUUCAGUUAUGAGGAUCAGAAAGGAGCUGAAAGCAGAAACGCAACUCCCCCUUCACUUCCAAGGGCAGUACCAUUGGCUCUUCUACAGGGUGGUGGUGUGAAUGGAGAGCCGAAAGACGAGCACUUGCUCUGCCAGCCUCUUAGCCACAGGACUCUAGACAUCUUGCAAGAGACACCCCAUGCUGACCCAGCUGUGAGCAUCCCGUCGUGUCUGUUAGAUCAGGAGAAAGGUGAAAGAAAAUCCAUGGCACAGGACUGGAACCAUUCUUCAGCACACCGGAGAAAAGUCCUCUCCGCUGGCCAGCGAGGCUGGAAAGAUGAUGUUGAUGCCAAUGCGGAUGGAAAUACCAGAUCGAUCGAGACAAUCCUGCAAGAAGUGUUACAUUUACUGAAAUUGCAGCACCCAAGUCCCAUCCAGCUGGAGGAAUUAGAAUACCAGGUUUUCUGUAUCCGAGGCAAAUUAAAGCCCAAAAAAUACCAUCCGAAACAUUCCUCUGUGGAAAGCUUGAUGGUGGAGACAGUGCUGGAAAGUUUCAACUUCCUCAAUGCUGACUGCAGUGCUGAUGAACUCUCAUCCAUCGGGAGUGUAAGGACACGUAGUAUCAGCACCAGCACCUACAAUGAUGCCACACUUCCAUCCCUGUGCUAUGAAACCAAAGCAGAAAAGAAAGAGUUAACCACAGGCAGUGAUGACCUAGAUACACUUCUGGAAGUUCAUCUGCAGCUCUGCAGAGUUCUUCUACAGAAACUUGUCACACCAAACUUAGCUCCCAUUGUCCAGGAGAACCUUUUGGAAGAUUUGUCACAGCAGAAACAUGUUCUGGAAAUCAUCUCUGCUCUGGCUGCUCCUGUGCCACGGAACUUAACUUCUGUCGAAGAGAUUAUUCAAAAAGCUAAAAAACAGAAGCAUUGCCUGAAGAUCUGGAGUGAGUGCACUGAGCAGGGAAGCAUUUUAUUCUGUCCAGUGGAAAGAUUUUGGAACCCUUUGAAAUACAUAUUGAUGUUCAAAAGCAAAGAGAAAUAUCAAGGACACCUAGAAAAAGUUUUACAGAUGUUCCUGCAGCAUUUAGUGGGAGGCAGCCUCUUAUUCCUCCCACCAGAUUUCCCAGUGGAAUCAGUGACGUUAUUCCAAUUUUACAGCUACCUGGAGAAGCACCAUGUGAACAACUUGGAAAAAUACUUGGCCAGAUUUGCUAAAGAAGUGAUACUAAUUGAAGAACUGCAGCGUCCUGGAAGAAUGAAGAAAAUAAAGAAACUGAAAGGGAAGCAGCUAAACCAGCUACAACCCCUGCCACAGACCUUAAAGCUCCUUGCAGUCCUGCAGUUUGAUGAAAAUCACCGUGUAGGCAGAGUGGCCAGAUCCUGUCUCUCUCGUGCAGCAGCCAAUAGGAAUUUCAGGGAAAAGGCUCUUCUGUUUUACACAGACUUGUUAAGUCAUGAGGAUGCAAAAUUACAGCAAGCUGCAUGCCUGGCCCUCAAACAUCUCAGGGGCAUUGAAAGUAUAGAACAAAUUGCCAGACUCUGUCUAUCAGAAGUGGAGGAAGUGCGGAACGCUGCCAGAGAAACGACUCUUUCAUUUGGUGAAAAAGGAAGACUGGCUUUUGAAAAGAUGGACAAAAUCUGUUGUGAACUGAGGGAUACCAUGUAUCAAGAAGCCGAAAUUGAAAUUACAGUAUUUUGAGCGUAUCUUCAAGUAAGAUCAGCUGUCCUGUUCAUCCCAUAGCUGCUUUUAUCAGUAUAUAAACAGCUACAGAGUGCAGAUCCAGGCAUAACAAUGUCUAUCUGUCCCAGCUGUAUUUUAAUAUCAGAAACUUUAGAGAAUGAAUUAUUUUCUGGAUUUUAACACAACUGGCAGGUGUAAAAAGUCUUGAUACAUAUGCUCUUAUAACCCGCAGGUACUAUAAAAUAUUAAGUAUCCAAAUUCUUAAUGGCUUCAGUGAAAGAAUGGCAUUCAAGGAAGGAGGGAGUGUUGUCUACAGUUCAAAUCAAAACAAACAUAAUCAUUCUCUAGGUACAGGAGAUGGGAUAUAGCAUUUAUUUAUUCAUUUCAUGUUGUGGCCCAAGACUUGCAACAACAGAUUUCUAAAAUCAUGAAGUAGCUACAGCAUUUAAACUACAAUGUUCUUCUGGCCAACUUACCAUGGUAAAAUCAAACCAGGGGCAGACUUGUGACUUCUUUGUUCGUUUCCGACAGGGAAGCCUCACACAUCUGAUCCUUCAUCCAUUGUUUUAGGGAAAAGUCUAACCCAGGUACUUUUUUAAAUUGCAAAAACUACAUAGUAGUAGAUAUAUAAUAUAGUCCCCCAAGGAUACUGCCAUCUGUGAGAUGGUAAACAGUGCCCCAGAUUUCAAUUACUUUCCAUUGACAGUUUUCUUUCUAUACACAAAACGCAAAUAGGGCAAAAGGUAUCAUUGUCCCCAGUACUCCAAUGAACCUGCAAAAUGCUUGGCAAAUGCAUUUCUUCUACAACCACACAGAUGUCUUUGUUUUGAUAACAAUUUACUGCCCCACAUACAAUGUGGUUUGGAGUAUUAGACGACGCUCCCACCCCGACAAUACAUUUAUGUCAAUUCCUUUUUGUCCCUGAAUUACACACACUAAUAACAAAUCCAAGAUGACUUAACUUGGAAACUAGCUGUGUCCAUUUAUGUGCCUGUUUCUGGGUUUGACAUUUUGAUGAAAACAAAAACUGUUUUUACAUGAUCUGUAACUGAAAUAGUAAACAUAUAUACAUCAGGGAGACCUAGUUCUGAGUAAAUACAUUGGGGUUUUGAUGUAUGAGGUGAUUUUCCUAUUGUUAAUAAUGAAAAAUACUGUUUUUGUGUGCAGGUUUCCAUCAUUGGCUUUCUGCUUUAAUGUACAUAUUUUAUACUGUGUACUUUUCAGUAUUUAUUGCUGGGAUUAGUUUACAUAUUCUGUUCUUUGAAGAAGUUUUAUUAAAACAUUUGAAAUGACA